AGAAGUGAAAAAAAAAAACCAGAGCAAAGACUUUCAAUGGCGGCAACAUUCAGCUGUCGACUAGUCUAACACGCCUACAAUUAAAACCCGACAGCCAUUUGUUUAAUCAGUCAAUCAAAAUAUGCAUAUAUUCUCCUGGUGAUUCUUCAAUCCAAUUAUUUUUCUCAUCAAAUCAUUCGUUUGCUCAAUAUAAUUUCAACGGAACCAAACAGAAUCGGUCAACGCUGGCUUCAAUUUUACAUGAACCCUAAGAAAUCAUGUUGGAGCUCAAUAUGGGGUUCCGAUUAUUAGCAGUUUUGUUCUUGAGCUCAAUUUAUUUCUGUUCAUUAGUUCAAUCCAGAUGCAGCAGAGGUUGUAAUUUGGCGCUUGGUUCGUACUACGUCUUACCUGGAAAUGAACUCAUUCCAAUUUCCCAAUACAUGAACACCGAUAUCAACAGUAUUCUGCAGUAUAAUCGUGGUACUAUCCCUAAUCAAGAUAGUGUUCAAUCGUUUAUUAGGAUUAACGUGCCGUUUUCUUGCGACUGUAUCAACGGGGAGUUCUUAGGCCAUGUGUUCAACUACAAUAUUAGGUCUCAGGAUACGUAUACACUGAUUGCGAGUGAAAGGUACGCGAAUUUGACGACUCCGGCAUGGAUUCAGAGGUUUAAUAGUUAUGAUCCAAACCGUAUCCCUGAUGUUAACGUCACCAUUAACGUGACGGUGAAUUGUUCGUGUGGAGAUAGUUCGAUUUCGAAGGAUUAUGGUUUGUUCGUGACGUAUCCUCUCCGGUCAGAUGAGACUUUGGAUUCGGUUUCUUCUGCUGCGAAUCUUAGUUCCGACAUAAUUCGAAGCUAUAAUCCCGAUGCAAAUUUUAGCGCUGUCAAUUCGUUGAUAUACAUUCCGGGCCGAGAUGAAAAUGGAAAUUAUCCACCCAUAAGAACCAGCUCAGGUGACCCAACUUUCUGGGGAGCCAUAGCUGGAAUAGCUAUAGCAGUAGUAGCUGGGGUGCUAUUACUUGCAGGAUGCUUAUAUUAUGGAUUUUACAGAAACAAAAAUUCAGAAAAGAAUUCAGCUUUGUUAAAGAACGCACAGGUUCAACUUAUGCAGUCUCCUCGAGGGCCAGGUGGCACUUCAAUUGGAGGUUCAAAUUCCAGUGGUCAUCCUGUUAGUGCCUCACCUGGGCUUACAGGGAUAACAGUUGACAAAUCAGUGGAGUUUUCAUAUGAAGAGCUUUCAAAGGCUACAGAUGAAUUCAGUCUUGCUAAUAAGAUUGGUCAAGGUGGUUUUGGUGCUGUUUAUUAUGCAGAACUCAGAGGCGAGAAAGCUGCUAUCAAGAAGAUGGAUAUGCAAGCAUCAAGAGAAUUUUUAGCCGAAUUAAAGGUCUUAACACAUGUUCAUCAUCUAAACCUGGUGCGUUUAAUAGGAUAUUGUGUGGAGGGCUCCCUUUUUUUGGUCUAUGAGUUCAUUGAAAAUGGAAACUUGAGUCAACAUUUACAUGGAACAGCAAGGGACCCACUAUCCUGGUCAACUCGGGUCCAAAUCGCCCUUGACUCAGCAAGAGGUCUUGAGUAUAUCCACGAGCAUACUGUCCCCGUUUAUAUACAUCGUGAUAUUAAAUCAGCAAAUAUAUUGAUUGACAAAAAUUAUCAUGGAAAGGUUGCAGAUUUUGGUUUAACAAAGCUGACUGAAGUUGGAAGUAAUUCUUUGCCCACACGUCUUGUGGGUACCUUCGGAUAUAUGCCACCAGAGUAUGCGCAAUAUGGCGAUGUUUCUCCAAAAGUAGAUGUGUAUGCAUUUGGGGUUGUACUUUAUGAACUUAUUUCAGCCAAGGAAGCCAUAGUUAAAGCAAAUGGCUCUAAUGCUGACUCAAAAGGGCUAGUUGCCUUGUUUGAUGAAGUUUUGAGUCGACCCGAUCCAAAAGAUGACUUGGUCAAGAUGAUUGAUCCUAGGCUCAGGGAUAACUACCCUCUAGAUUCAGUCCGUAAGAUGGCGCAGCUUGCGAAAGCUUGUACGCAUGAGAAUCCGCAAUUACGGCCAAGUAUGAGAUCGAUUGUGGUUGCAUUAAUGACGCUUUCGUCCUCCACGGAGGAUUGGGAUAGAGCGACGAUCCUAUCUCCGCUCACCACCUUCGUUCUUGGCUCCAACAAUGAUCAACUUGAACGUGCUCAGGCACGCGCCGCCCGUGCUGCUUCCAUCCGCCGGAAGCCGGUAACGUUCAAUAACGCCGCUGAUGAUAAUCCUGCCGGUGCUUUUCUAGGUCAAGAGCAGAUCAUGGAAUUGUUCCAGAAUUGCAUCAAAUUAGCUAGUGAAAAUAAAAUUAAUCAGAAGAAUACUUGGGAGCUGAAUUUGAUCGAUCAUCUACGUGACAUUAUAAAAGUUGAAGAGGAUGAUGCCGAGACCAAUUUUCAGAAGGCAAGUUGCACUCUUGAAGCAGGAGUUAAAAUAUAUUCAACAAGGGUGGAUUCUGUCCAUGCUGAGGCAUAUAAAUUCCUUGGAGCCAUUAAUCGAGUUGGACAAGACUUGGAACAAGGCAAUUUAGAGGAUGGAAACACUAACACUGAGCAAACGAAACAAAGCACUAAAAAGGAGCAUGAACAAAAGUUUUCUCCUCUUUCAACACUGGAAUCAUCAUUUGAGAAUCUUAAUCUGAAGAAAUUUGAUGUUGCUUUUACUGUGGAUCCUCUUUAUCAUCAAACGUCUGCUCAGUUUGAUGAAGGAGGGGCAAAAGGUCUUUUACUCAACAAUCUUGGAGUCUAUGGUGGGUGUCUUGUCCUUUUUGAUUCACUUGAAGUACCUGCAAACUGCAUGUCUUGUUCACCCCAAACUGAUAAAAUCGAGACAAUUGAUAUCUCGUAUGCAAAAGACUGCAUGGAACAAAUGGCAAUUAACAUCUCCAAAAACAAAGAAAUCUCACCAACUCUCAAGGAGAUAGUCAACAUGUUUGAUGAUAAAAGACCACCAGGCACUGUUUUUGCCCAAAAUUCUCAUGAACCUGAUUAUGACGAUUAUGCCCUUGAUGGUGAUCAAAAUGAUAACUUUGGCACAUGGGAUUUUGUUAAUGACAACGAGGGCACUUAUGAAAGGGAGGAAGAAGUAGAACCCCACGAGGAAAAUGAGCAAUAUGAAUCUCAUGAUCGUGAUGUAGAUGACAAAUUUAUAAAAAUUGAUGACUUUUUGUUUCCAAGACGGGGUUUGACCACAAGUCAAAAUGCCUGGGCGGGCCCUGAACAUUGGAAAUAUAAUAAGGCUAAAGAAGCUUCAACCAAGGAAAAUGGAUCACCAUUGUUGUCCAAAAAACCAAGAAACAAGAAACAAUUUGAAGCAGAUAUAGAUUUUAUGAAAGCUUUGGAAAAUGACAUUGUUGACCCCUUCAUUCCUCCUAAAAAUCCGAACUCAUUGCUGUUGCCCUCAAAUAGAGAACCUUGUAACACAAUGCUUCCGGAAGAUUGCCAUUAUCAACCUGAGAAUCUAGUGAAACUAUUUCUUCUACCAAAUGUUUUGUGCUUUGGGAAGAAGAGAGGAAAGAGAAAUUCAGAUGAAGUUCAUCAACAAGAAGCUAAUCCAUCAUGGGGUGAUGAUGAUGGUUGUGGAAUUGGUGACCAAUUUGAUGAUGGAAAUGCUUAUAGUGAUGUUGAUGACUCUCUUGUCUCUCAACCACGUCAGGUAGAAAAAAUCGACAUCCAAUAUGACAAAAAAUCCAAACAAGUUGAUGUUCAUGUACUAAAAGAUACUCUUUGGUCAACCAUUCAAGAAAUGCAGAAAUCAGCCGGAGAUGAAGAUCUGUCUUUUAAAAACAUUUUGUCAUCUUCCCCAGCUACCACAUCAAAUGAUGACAUCACCCCACACCUGUCUUUCAUCUGCAUAUUACAUUUAGCCAAUGAGCAUGGAUUAACCCUCAACAGCUCCCCCGACAUGGAUGACGUCAGCAUCCAUCUCCCCUCUCACCCCAACAUCCCAUAAGGAAUAUUGUUUUUGCUGAUGACAGACUGUCGGAUUACGAGCUGUAUAAAAAAAAAAGAAAUUCACUAUAGAGUACAUAUACAAUUUGCCUAUUGUACAUGUGUAAAUUUUCACCUAUGAGAUGAGAUUUGACAUCUACUUUUGUGUAAGCAUCUGUAUUCUUACUUCUUACUUUGAAAUUCUUUGCUAGUGUUACGUG